AUGUUAAAUGACAAAAAUGAUUUAAUUAAUGUUUCUGGGAGAAAGAACACUGCUUUAGACGAUACAUGGGAGAAUAACAUUGAUGAAGAAAGCUCUUUAUCUCAAAAAAUGGAAAAAAUAAGCAUGUCUGCUGAAGCAAAAGAGUUUCGACCUAGUUCUACAUAUUUGCAACAACCAAUGGCUUUUUUAGAUCAAAGAAUGAAUUAUGGAUUUAAUGAUAUGUCUUAUGGUUACAUUGGUCAGGAAUAUAAUGCCCAAGCACAUACGGUUCCCGGUUAUAUGUUUUGUCCGCCAGAAAAUCAUAUGCAGUCUAUGCAGACAUAUGUUCAUGACCCAUAUUUUGCUGAAAUAGAAAAGUAUUCCGUUGAUAAAUUCUGUAAUACAUCACCUGCAAAAGUGAUUAAGAUUGGGGAGCCUACAAAGCCAUCUAGUGUAAUGAAAACGUCAUCCAAGAAGAGUGAAGAGCCUGUUGUUGAGGCUAAUGAAAGUUUGUAUUCGGUUUCUGGUGUGGAUACAUUGUCUUCUGGUCUGAAUCAAGAAAAAAGUCGUGUUCCAGUGUCUACAGAUGAUGAACGUAGAAAUCUUGAUGCUAUGGACCAAUUUCAAGAUGACAUUGAUGAUGAAAUCAUACAGGACAUGUAUGGAAAAGAGCAUGUGAAUGUUGUUUUUAUUGGUCAUGUUGAUGCAGGAAAAUCAACACUUGGAGGGAAUAUCCUUUAUAUGACAGGAAUGGUGGAUAAGAGAACGAUGGAGAAAUAUGAAAAAGAUGCAAAGGAUAUAGGUCGAGAGAGUUGGUAUUUGUCGUGGGCGUUAGAUUCUACUAAAGAAGAGCGGUCUAAAGGGAAAACUGUUGAAGUAGGCAGGGCAUAUUUUGAAACGGAAAAACGUCGAUAUACAAUCCUUGAUGCUCCUGGUCAUAAAUCUUAUGUACCAAAUAUGAUAGAGGGUGCAUCUCAAGCAGAUGUAGGUGUACUUGUUAUUUCUGCACGAAAAGGAGAGUACGAAACUGGAUUUGAAAAAGGCGGUCAAACAAGAGAACAUGCUAUGCUUGCGAAAACGCAGGGUAUUACUAAUCUUAUCGUUGUGAUUAAUAAAAUGGACGAUCCUACUGUAGAAUGGUCAAAAGAAAGAUAUGAUGAAUGUACAAAUAAGCUUUUAAGAUUUUUGAAAAAGGAAUUAGGAUAUAAUCCAAAAACAAAUUUUGUAUUUAUGCCAAUUUCUGCAUUUGCUGGUAUAAAUAUUAAAGACCGUGUUGAUAAGAAGAUAUGUCCUUGGUAUGAUGGGCCUUCUCUCCUUGAAUAUUUGGAUCAAAUGGAUACUUUCGAACGAAAAAUAAAAGCUCCAUUAAUGAUUCCGAUUCAAGCAAAAUAUAGAGAUAUGGGUUUAGUUAUUGAAGGGAAGAUUGAAAGUGGUUAUGUUAAAAAAGGAUCGAGUCUUAUUCUUAUGCCAAAUAAAAAUAUUAUUGAAGUAACUGCAUUAUAUAAUGAAAUGGAAGAAAUACAGAUAGCUCGUUGUGGUGAUCAGGUCAAACUUCGAAUAAGAGGAAUAGAAGAAGAUGAUGUUAUGUCGGGCUGUAUUUUAUCAUCAAUUAGUAAUCCAGUGCAUACUGCUAAAAUAUUUGAAGCUCAAAUAGCUAUUUUAGAGGUCAAAAAUUUGCUUACUUCGGGCUAUUCGUGUAUUAUUCAUAUUCAUACAGUUGUUCAAGAUGUGACAUUUUUGAAAUUGCUUUAUAAACUUGAUAAAGUAACAAACAGACGAAGCAAAAAACCACCCCCAUUUGCAACAAAAGGUAUGAAGAUUGUAGCUUUAUUGGACGUUGCAUCACCGAUAUGUAUUGAAACAUAUGAAAGACAUAGCCAACUUGGACGAUUUAUUCUUCGUAAUGAAGGUGUUACUGUGGCUAUUGGAAAAGUGACGAAACUUAUUUCUGAAGAGUAA